AUGCAAAAAAAAAAUUCACAAUUUACAGCUUCAAGUCAUUAUGGGAAAGAAGAGAAAGAAGGGAAAACUCCACCAAGAACAGCACUUGCAGGGAAAGAUAAAAAUGCACAUCAUAAAAUUCUAGAAAAUCAAAAUAACUUGAGAACAAUAACAACAACAACAAAAAAAACAACAACAACAGCAGCAGGAACUCUCCAAGGUCAAAUCAGUGGUCCUCUGAGAAGACAAGACGUUCACUUGUCACAACAAAAGCUACAAGCGAGUUUACGAGGAAGUGCGAAACGUGGGGGGCUUGUAUUUAUUGAUACUGAAGAGAAGGAAGAGGAAGAGGAGGAAGAUACUGUUACAAUUGGUGCAAUUCAACCGACAAUUAUUUCUGGACAAAUUGGUAUGAUUCCAAGACUACAACAAAUAGAAGAUAAAGAAAUUGAAAGCAUUCCACAAAAGAUUCCAGAACUACCAUUCACACCAUGGAUUGAAGAAGAAAUGAUGGUAGAAUUUGCUGAUAGCGAAGAUGAAUAUGAAGAUGAAGAUGACGAUGAAGGAAAAAAAGAAAAUAAAACGUUUAAAACUCUUCAAAGUACAAGCGUCUUUUUAUCAAAACAUAAACUUAAUGAAAUGAUGAAAGCCGUAGAAGCUGAAGACCUUUUAUCUCUUACAAUUCCUUCCCCACCACCACCACCUCCACCACCACCAAUUGAUCUUCCACACAACCAACUGCCUUCUUCACAACAACAACAACAACAACAACCACAACCACAACCACAAAAAUCUUCUCUAUCCAUUCACUCCCAGCGACUUACCCGCAAAACCUUUACCACUGCACUCCACCGUGAGUCUCGUACAACUACAACAGCUGUCCGUCAUGCUCACCCAGCAGCUGCCCGUCUCACAGCAACUCUUCCACGCCGUGUGCCUGGGUACCUGGCUCCCACAGCCUCUGCAACAGCUAAGCAACGAGGGGUCAUGACGGGUACAAGACUGGACAACAACAACAACAACAACAACAAUAACAACAACAGCAACAAUCAUAAUAAACCCGGGCAAGCUAGAAGGCUGCAACGUGGGGUGUUGUCGAUUCAUUCAAUGGGCCGUUACGCAGCAGCGUCUUCUUGGCGGGACCAGGGUAACAGUUUGCGAGCAAAUAAUGAGGAACGUAAAGCUUUACAAUCUAUGGAAAAGCCAGAGGUAGUAAUCAAUGGCGUGGAAACUAUGCCGAUUAGCAAUAGUAGCAAUAAUACUAAUAGUAACAAUGGGAACAAUAGGAACAAUGAGGAUAGUAAUAAUGGUAGCUCAGAACCUGAUUUCAUGCUGGAUCUAAAUCUGGAUCUGGAUUUGGAUUUGGAUCUAAGUGCGGCUCUGGAUAAAGAUAUGCUUAACCUUUUAGAAAACUCUCCUCUUGAAAAUUGUCUUUCAGAUGAAUAG